AUGGACGAGGAAGAAGAUGCUGGUCCUUCGUCGUUGAAGAAACCUCGGAUAGCGGAGCCGAGUCCGGUGCCGUUUGUUCAGCCGGUGGUGGUGGAUGAGUUUGAGACCGAGGCGAAGAGGGAGGUGGCGGCUAGUGCUGGGUUGACUGGAUCGACGGAGGCGGCAGGGUCGAGAUUGGAGUUGAAGCAUCAGGUGCGACAUCAAGUCGCCGUCCCACCAGGCUACAAUUACAUCCCAAUCUCACAACACGUCCCACCCGCCAAACCCGCUCGCGAAUACAAAUUCACCCUCGACCCCUUCCAACAAGUUUCCGUCUACGCCAUCCAACGAAACGAGAGCGUUCUUGUAUCCGCACAUACCUCGGCCGGUAAGACCGUGGUAGCAGAGUAUGCAAUCGCUCAGGCUUUGGCGAAUAAGCAGCGGGUCAUCUACACGAGUCCUAUCAAGGCUCUAAGUAAUCAAAAAUACCGAGAGAUGGAGGCGGAGUUUGGCGAUGUUGGACUUAUGACUGGAGAUGUCACUCGGAAUCCGACAGCUUCGUGUUUGGUGAUGACAACCGAGAUUUUGCGUUCAAUGCUUUACCGUGGUUCCGAAAUCAUGCGUGAAGUUGCCUGGGUCAUAUUCGACGAGAUCCACUACAUGCGCGACAAAGAACGUGGUGUCGUCUGGGAAGAGACCAUUAUCCUGCUUCCACACACCGUCCGCUACGUCUUCCUGUCCGCCACGAUCCCGAACGCAAUGCAGUUCUGCGAGUGGAUCUGCAAGUCACACGAGCAGCCUUGUCACGUCGUGUAUACCGACUUCCGUCCUACGCCACUGCAGCAUUAUCUCUUCCCGGCCGGUGGCGAAGGGAUCUAUCUGGUGCUGGAUGAAAAGGGCGAGUUUAGGGAGGAUAUGUUCACGAAGGCGAUGGGCAUGCUUCAGGCGAGUAAGGGCGAGGAUCCGGCAGACUCGAAAAGUGGCGCCGGACGGAAGGGCAAGUCAAAGAAGGGCGGAGACAAGAAAGCAAUACACUUGAAAGGCCCCUCGGACAUUUCCAAAAUCAUUCGCAUGAUCAUGCUCAAGAACUACAACCCUGUCAUCGUCUUCGCCUUCAGCAAACGCGAAUGCGAAGCCCUCGCCCUCCAACUCUCCAAGUUCGAAUUCAACUCCGCAGACGAACAGCUCACUGUCUCCAAAAUCUUCGAAAACGCGAUAGCAUCGCUCUCCCCGGAUGACCGGACCCUCCCACAGAUCGCGAACAUCCUCCCGCUCCUCAAGCGUGGCAUCGGCAUCCAUCACGGCGGGCUGCUCCCCAUCCUCAAAGAAGUCAUCGAAAUUCUCUUCCAAGAAGGUCUCAUCAAAACCCUCUUCGCUACCGAGACGUUCUCCAUCGGUCUGAACAUGCCGGCCAAGACCGUCGUCUUCACCGCAGCGAGGAAGUUUGACGGGAGAGAGUUCAGGGAUCUUUCUAGUGGUGAGUAUAUUCAGAUGUCUGGGCGAGCGGGAAGGAGAGGGUUGGAUGAUAGGGGAGUUGUGAUCAUGAUGUGCGAUGAGAAGUUGGAGCCUCCAGCGGCGAAGAAUAUGAUCAAGGGAGAGGCGGACAGAUUGGAUUCGGCAUUCCAUUUGGGGUAUAAUAUGGUGUUGAAUUUGAUGAAGAUCGAGGUCAUCAGCCCGGAGUAUAUGCUUGAGAGGUGUUUUUUCCAGUUUCAGAGCAGCGCCGGCGUGCCGAUGCUCGAGGAUGAGUUGAAGAAGGAGGAAGAAAAGAAGUCGAGCAUGGUCAUUCAGGACGAGGAUCGCGUUGCAGAGUACUACGAGUUCCGACAACAGCUCGAGCAGAUGAACGCAGACUUCCGAGAUGUCAUCACACACCCGAACUACAGCCUCCCCUUCCUCCAACCCGGCCGACUCGUCAAAGUCAAGCACAAAGAGCUCGACUUUGGAUGGGGUGUAAUUCUCAACUAUUCAAAGCGGCUGCCUGGCAAGAACCGGCCAAUGCCCAAAGCAGAGGAACUCCCACCACACGAACAAUACAUCCUCGACGUUCUCCUUAAUUGCGUCAAAGGCUCCGUCGUCCCCAAAGACCGCAACAACAUGACGGCCACGCCCGGCGGCAUCCAGCCAUGGACUCCCGGCUGCGGACUGAAAUCCGAACCGCUCGUCGUUCCCGUGCUAUUGUCGACGAUCGAGGGUAUCAGCCAUUUGAGGAUAUUCUUGCCGAAGGACUUGAGGAAUCUACAGUCGAGGGAGACGGUGUGGAAGAGCGUGCAGGAGGUGCAUAGGAGGUGUCCGGAUGGGAUCGCGUUGUUGGAUCCGAUCGAGAAUAUGGGCAUUACAGACGAUAAGUUCAAGGCACUUGUCAAGAAAAUCCAAACAAUGGAACAAAAGAUGUUCGCCUCCCCUCUCCACAAAGAUCCCCGACUCCCCGAACUCUACUCGCAAUACACACUAAAAAAGGAGUCCCAAGAACGUGCCCGCGCGCUGAAGAAGCGUAUUCAGGCUACGAACGACGUCCUGCAGAUGGAAGAACUCAAGUCACGGAAACGCGUCCUUCGACGUCUGGGAUUCACUACCGCGGACGAUAUCGUGGAUAUGAAGGGCAGGGUGGCUUGUGAGAUUAGUACGGGUGACGAGUUGUUGCUAACAGAGUUGAUCUUCAACGGGGCGUUCAAUCCGCUUACGCCGGAGCAGUGUGCGGGGUUGUUGAGUUGUUUCGUGUUCACUGAGAAGAGCGAGCAGGUGACGAAGUUGAAGGAGGAGCUGGCGGCGCCGUUACGCGUUAUGCAGGAGAUAGCACGUCGGAUAGCAAAGGUCUCCCGUGAAUCGAAGUUGCCACUCGUCGAAGAGGAGUAUGUGCAGUCAUUCAAGGUCGAGCUCAUGGACGCGGUCGUCCAAUGGUGCCGUGGCGCCUCGUUCUCCGACAUCUGCAAGCUCACCGACCAGUUCGAAGGCAGUCUCAUCCGCGUCUUCCGCAGGUUGCAAGAACUCAUCCGCCAGAUGUGCUCGGCGGCCAAAGUCAUCGGCAAUACCGAGCUGGAGCAAAAGUUCACAAAGGCGUCGGAGAUGCUGGAGAGGCCUAAUUCGGUCAUUUUUUGCUCGUCACUGUAUCUGUAG